UAGUUUUGGGUCAAAUUGAUAGAAAAUUAAAUGGGGAAACGAGGAAGAAAGAGGAAGUGGAAGUGCAAGUUCCUUCUUUUCUGGCUCACAUGGCGACUUUCCAUUUUGGACCAUCUGUCUUCGUCUGACUUCAUAUUACCCUCCUCCGUGUUCUUCUUUUGUAAUAAACUUCCAGUUCUCAAAGAGAGAGAGAGAGAGAGAGAGGGUGUGGGGUUUAGGCUCUUUUCCUGCAAUCUUGGUCUCUAGGGGGGUCAUGGAAGAAGCAAACAGUAGAAGGAGAAGGUGAGAUUUCUUGAAUUGAAGGAUAUUCCCGUUGGCCCACUUGAGAAACCUUUCUUCUUUGUUCGAUAUUGGUGUCAACGUUCUAUAUUGGGUGGGGCUGUCGAUUGUCUUCUCGUGACGGCCUGGUGUAGUCAAUUGAGUCUGCUGAAACUCCGGAAAGGAUUCAAGAAUUCUUCUUUUUGUUGGCUAAUUAUGAUAUGGGGUUUAUUGGUUUUGGUUGAAUUUACUUCUCCUUAAUCAUUAUGUCCUCGCUCGUGUGCUUAUUGAGUUCAAUUUCCAAAUUGUGGACUUCUUUCCCAUCGAUCUCUCUCGAGUUUUUGAGUUGAAUGACUCUUGAUUUUGAAUGCUCCUGAGCCAUGGCUGGUAUCGAUGUUUCCAAGUAUGCACAUAGCCCUGUACACAAGGCUGUGGCCACCAGGGAUUAUACCAAUCUCAAGAGAAUCCUUGCAGGCCUUCCACGGCUUUGUAAUCCAUCUGAGAUUCGCACCGAGGCUGCUUCAUUAGCUGAGGAAAACAAGGCUGAUGCCAUUUCUGCCAUGGUUGAUCGCCGAGAUGUACCGAAUCGGGAUACUCCACUGCAUUUGGCUGUAAAGCUUGGGGAUGAGACUGCUACCGAAAUGCUUAUGGUUGCAGGGGCAGAUUGGAGUUUGCAGAACGAGCAUGGAUGGAGUGCACUUCAGGAAGCAAUUUGCAGUAGACAAGAAGGGAUUGCUAUGAUAAUUGUCCGGCAUUACCAGCCGUUGGCUUGGGCAAAAUGGUGUCGGAGAUUGCCUCGCUUGAUUGCGACUAUGCGAAGAAUGAGGGAUUUCUACAUGGAAAUCACAUUCCACUUUGAGAGUUCGGUGAUCCCUUUCAUUUCUAGGAUUGCUCCUUCAGAUACUUACAAGAUCUGGAAAAGAGGUGCUAACUUGAGGGCGGAUAUGACAUUGGCUGGUUUUGAUGGAUUUAGGAUCCAACGUGCUGAUCAGAGUGUUCUUUUUCUCGGCGAUGGGACAGAGGAUGGGAAAGUACCUUCUGGUUCACUCUGUAUGAUCUCACACAAGGAGAAGGAGGUAAUGAAUGCUUUGGAUGGUGCUGGUGCUCAGGCAACUGAAGAAGAGAUUAGACAAGAAGUGACAGCAAUGUCUCAGACUAAUAUAUUUAGACCUGGAAUUGAUGUCACUCAGGCCGUUCUUUUGCCCCAGUUGACUUGGAGGCGCCAGGAGAAAACUGAAUUGGUGGGUGCCUGGAAAGCUAAAGUAUAUGAUAUGCAUAAUGUGGUUGUUAGUAUCAAAUCCAGGAGGGUCCCUGGGGCAAUGACAGAUGACGAAUUCUUCUCAUCGUGCAAUGAAAAUGAAACUGAGAGUGAGGAGUUCGAUGACAUUUUAACUGAGGAUGAACGAAAGCAACUUGAGAAUGCACUUAAAUUAGAUUCAUCUGAAUUAACUUCUGAUAAUGGUGAUGGGAUUGUUGCGCAUCGGCACAGUUGUUUCGAGCAAAGGGAUGUUCCUGUUGAGGACGUAAAUGGAUGUAGAAGUGGAGACAUUCGACAGGAAAAGAAAGGAUGGUUUGGGGGAUGGAGGAAACGUGAUAGCAAAAAUGAAGGGCAAAAGAAGAUUGCUCCUCCAAGAAGCUCCCUUUCUAUGGAUGAUAAGGUAGGCGAUCUUCUAGUGGACUGUCCUCCUGAUAAUCAUAGCAGCAGGCCUGGAAGACAUUCUGUAGAGAUAGUCUCCGAACACCGAAGAGGAAGGGAAACCAGAACUACCUCUACAACGUCCGAGAGCAAAAAUCGGCACAAGGAUGGGAGUCAUGAAAAUGAGUAUAAGAAAGGAUUGAGACCCGUUCUUUGGCUUUCUCCGAACUUUCCUCUACAAACUGAAGAACUAUUGCCAUUGCUUGAUAUUUUAGCUAACAAGGUCAAGGCAGUUCGUCGUUUGAGAGAACUGCUUACCACAAAACUCCCACUGGGAACCUUUCCAGUCAAGGUUGCCAUCCCUGUGGUUCCAACCAUCAGAGUGAUUGUUACCUUCACAAAGUAUGAAGAACUACAGCCAGUGGAUGAGUUUGCGACGCCACCGUCAAGCCCUACAGCUGCAGCAGGCAGGGAGAGCCCGUCUGUGACAAAUUCCUUAAGUUCAUCUUGGUUUCAGUGGAUAAAAGCCCCAUAUCAACGCCCGAGCUCGUCAACCAGUGUUUCUUGCAGUAGGAUAGAAACUUUCGAAGACCCAUUUAUCAUUCCCCGCGAUUACACUUGGGUUACCGCAGAAGCAAAGAAAAAAAAGAUGCAGGAAAAGAACAAAGCAAAGAAAGGAAGAAGUCGCCGCGAUUGAUUGGAUCAAAGUCACGAGUUCGAUCCCUCGAAGUUGAAUAGGGGAGGGUGAGGCUCAUUCAAAACAAAUUAGAAGAACAGAUAAGAGGUAGGAAAUAGUUUAAAUCAUUUAAAUUCAUCAAUUUGUGUCUACUUUGAAGGAAGAUGAAAUGAAAAGUUAAAGAAAUGGUUGGUCAUGUUUGUGUAGAAGCUUUAUUGACCUUAAAAUGCACUUUAGGAAAUUCUUCUAGUAAAUCAUUGUGGGGGUGGAAAGAAUAACACUGUUGUGGAUUUUUACACCAUUUACUUUCACUUUUUUACAUUGGUCUUUUAAUUACAGAAUGUUCUAACCAUGUUGAUGGGGUAAAUUGAUGGAAUUUGUCAUUUUCCAAGUUA